GAGCUGUUGUGUGACGUCGACGGCAACUUCCGCGACGAAAGUGAAGCAUCUUUUCACAAAGAACGUUUUGCUAGGAAGUUAACCAGUCAUUUGUAUAUAAUAUAUCCACUUUUCAUACCCCGGGAGCAAUGGAUCCUCCCCCACAAUAUGAACAGGUUUGUAGGGAAGAUAACCUGAGCUCAGGACAAGUGAUGCUGGCGCUUGUGGUCCCUCCAGAUGGUACCGGCAAACAAGAAGUUCCCCCAGAAACAGAAGACACAAUAGGGUAUGUACAAAUUCCUGGUGAUGCACCACCACCGUAUGAUGAGGAAGACAAACGCAGAAUGGAGCUUAAAAAAAAGGAUGAAGAAAUACGCAAGCGACUUGUAGAAUUGGGGCUUCUGUCUGAGAAUGAUUUCGGAAGCGACUCUGAGAUUCUGCUCGGCAGCGGGUGGGUGUUUUUCUGGGCGGCUAUGAUAUCUAUCGCCUUCAGUUGGAUAGGGUUCCUAGUAGCAUAUUGUCUGAGUUCUUCGGUAGCCGCACGUUGUGGUGCUCUCUGUGGCUUCGGUAUUUCCAUGGUCAAGUGGACAAUAGUGGCAUUGUAUUCGGACUGCUGCAGAGCCUACCUUGCAAGUACAAUGUGUUUGUCGAUGGCGCUUAUAUUUUGUGGUAUUAUAAUUGCUAUAAGAGGUGCAGUAAUGUAUUUGCGUGCUCGGAAAGAAUAUGAAAGAAGCGGGUACCCAGCUAUCAAAUUCUGGUACCUCUAUUAAUUAGACUCUUUUCCCAGGCCCUGUCCUGAUUAUCAAAACAUGGGACAUUCCUAAAUAUGGUCAUGAUGAAAUCUCAUGACUAUAUAUGGGCAUACAACAGUGUUUUUGAAAAUUUUGAUGAUCGGGACAGAGCAUAAACCAAUAUUUAGAAAAUUUUGUAAAAGCUUUUUAAUUAUUUAGGCCAUUGAUAAAACAACAUGGCAGUUGAGGUUUGCAAAACUCACAUGCAGAUUAAAUUAUUGAUAUGAUGAUCACAAGAAGUACUGUAUAUGAAUAAAGCAGACAUAAUUAUUAUUUUGUUGUGCUAAUACUAAUAGCUGCAUGUUAAUGUCAAACAGUUUUGUGAAAGAAUGCUCCCCCCCCCUUAUAAAAAACUUCCCAUUUUAGAGUUCUUUGUGGCUAUAAUUUUUUCUUAUUAUUUUUAAGUGUAAGAAAAUGUAUUUCAUAUAAAAAUAUUUCAUAUGUUUCUAUACAAAAAAGGGGCAUGGUGCAACACCACAAAACAUAUUAAAAGAUAAUUAUGUAAUGAGUAAUGUUUAUUCUAUUAUGUAGACAGUCACAUUGUGCUUAAUGUAAAAUUAUAACCCAUUUUGGGUGUUUUAAUAAAUAUAUUUAGAAGUCCAUGUUUCUUUAAAAUGUAAA